GUUGAACUAAAGCGAUAACACACUGUGUGAUGUUUGUAGUUUAAAUUACCAUUUUAUGUGCAUGUUUUAUACGUGCUCCUUUGCACAGCUGCAGGUGAGCAGCUACGUAACUUUUUAAGCUGUGCUUCUGGAACAUUUGACAAAGUACGAAGGUGGUAAACGCGCAUGCGCGAAAUGUAAUUUUUUUUUUUUUUUUUUUUUUUCACGUGGAGUUGCAGAGUCUGGGCUUCGGUUACUGUUGAGCUAGGUAACUUGGAGCUGAAGUUUGUGUAAACCAAACGGCUUAUCUGAAACGAAUAUUGUAGAAUAAAUAUGUCUGCAUUUAAGAAGUUUCUCCCUUUAUUUGAUCGGGUCUUGGUUGAAAGACUUGCUGCUGAAACUGUUACCAAGGGUGGUAUAAUGCUUCCAGAUAAAUCCCAAGGAAAGGUUUUACAGGCAACUAUUGUAGCUACUGGACCUGGAGCCAAGGGAAAGGAUUUUUAUAAUUGGCCUGAUGAAUCCUUUGAAGAAAUGGACAGCACUCUGGCAGUACAGCAGUAUAUCCAACAAAACAUUAGGGCAGACUGCUCAAAUAUAGAAAAAAUUCUGGAGCCUCCCAAAGAUCAGGAUGAGGGCGUUUGGAAGUAUGAACACUUAAGGCAGUUCUGUCUAGAGUUGAAUGGACUUGCUGUCAAACUUCAGUGCGAAUGCCAUCCUGACACAUGUACCCAGAUGACUGCUACAGAACAAUGGAUAUUUCUUUGUGCAGCUCACAAAACUCCAAAAGAGUGCCCUGCCAUAGAUUAUACAAGGCACACACUUGAUGGUGCUGCUUGCCUCUUGAACAGCAAUAAGUACUUCCCCAGCAGGGUUAGCAUUAAAGAGUCUUCUGUAGCUAAAUUAGGAUCAGUAUGUCGGAGAAUUUACAGAAUAUUCUCACAUGCAUAUUUUCAUCAUCGACAGAUAUUUGAUGAAUAUGAGAAUGAAACCUUCUUGUGCCAUCGCUUUACCAAAUUUGUGAUGAAAUACAACUUGAUGUCCAAGGAUAACUUGAUUGUACCAAUUUUGGAAGAAGAAGUACAGAAUUCUGCUUCUGGGGAGAGUGAAGCUUGAUUUGAAAUGUUAGUAUAGAAACACAGACUAGCUGCAUUGAGCACACAGUUAACUAUACUGUACUGUAUAUAUAAUUUUAGAAUGUUCAAUCAUGUACUCAUGUUGUAAUGACAUUGUUCAGAACCGUUUUUUUUUUUUGUACAGUUUGUGGGUGGAUGUGUGUGUGUGCACGCGAGCGUGUCUUCCUGUAAAGAGUGGAAGUGUACUUUAAGUUAUUCAUGAGCUAUAUUUACCUGUAUGGCAUUCAUGGGUUUAUACAGAGCCUUGUUGAUGGGAUGUAUUUGUAGUUCUGUGUAAUACAUUUUAAAAAGUUAUAUGGUUGACACUUGCACAUUGUAAAAUUCAAAGUAAGGGACAGUAAACAGAACAUAUUGCAACUUUUUAUUGGCCACUUCUCUGGCCAUAUGAAGUUUGUUUUAUCAGACUGAGUGUCAGAUUGUGACACUAGCAUUUAAACUAUAAAGUAUGUGAAUAUAAUGAAUUUUGUGUAAAAAAAAAAAUGAAUAAAUGAAUUAUUUUUAAAAGAAAACCUUUUGGGACCCUUAAACAAGUUAGCUUGCAAAUAUGUUUGGUCUCUUGUAAACACUGUAACCAGGCUGUACAUACAAGGGCACAGAUGGUAAAGUAUACUCAUAUUUUAAGGAGUGUUUAUGUGAAAUUGUUUCUUGUACAGUUCUGCAGCACAGCUGUAGUGAGAUUUUUACUGUGGAGUAAGCUGUUAAAAAAUAUGUUUCAUUUGUAAGUGCUGGUUCUCUUACAUUUUUGUAGUUAGCAGUGCAUAGAAACUGUUUCAUUUUGAUGCUAAUCAGUUGUAUUACAAAUGUUUGCAACUUAAUACAAAUGACAUUGCCCAUUUCAUGAGAUAAAAUGCUCCACUGUUAAUAUUUUAAUUGCUAAAUGGUUCUGCUGUAGUAACAUCCAGAUUUUGCCACAGGCAUCGAUUGGCAUGACACAGUCAAGGUUGUUUGUUAGUGCCUUGAAGUGUUAUCUAGUGUGUUAUGAAGGCAGUAUGUUUGUGCUGUAACUUUGCAACUUGUCAUGCACCACAUUGCCUGUAGCUCCCAAGUUAUAGAAAUAUAGACUGACAUUUUUAUUUAAUGGGGGGUUGUUUUUUUUUUGUGUGUGUGUUACUUCAAGUGCUGGCCUUCAUGUGGAUGAAACCAGUAAUCUGGUUUCUCUUUUUGUAGUCAGACUAUUUCCUUACCUAACACUGUUAUCUUAAGGACUGUAGCACUAUUCUGGGAGUUGAGCUUUUGGAAGAUGUAGGGCGGGUAUGGUAUGUAUGUAUGUAUGUGUGUGUGUGUGUAUGCUAAAGAACACUUGUAUUUUGGCCUCAUUCCUCACUAAGUGCAUAUUUGAUAACUGCCUAGACUGUUGGGUGUAGUUCUACAGAUAUCAGUCUGUUUAUAUGGCUUUCAUUCAGGGUAAAUUUCUAAUAACAAUGUGCAAGUAAACUGAAAUUUUAACUACAUAACAGUGACAGUGGUCCAUUUUAGAUAAAGGUAAACACUAAAUGCAUUUAAACUCUGUAUGUAAUGUGCAGGAAUUGCUAUUGAAUUUAUCCUGCUUAAGUGGGUCCCAAGACAUUUGUAACUGAUCUUGUAGUUUUUGGUUCUCAGUUACUGUGGUUUGACAUUUAGUUUAGUGGUGUAUAUGUAUGUUUAAGCUGAAAGCUGGAGCCCAUUACUCCAUGUGUAUCAGACUUGUCACAGCAGGGUUGUAAAUCACAGGGAUCUUCAGCAGUUUAUAUUUACAAAAUGUCUGUGUCCAAUGUACAAAUUUUGUUUUGCAUAAUGCAGACUGCCGAAUCUUUCAUAGGCAGCACUAUUUUAGUCAGUCCAUCCGUUGGUUGCAUUCCAUAGCACCUUUCCAUUUGAAACUGCUGCUUGAUCAAAGGACCCGAUUUAAAAUUCUGUAUUAUA